GGGACAGUGACACUUUGAGUAUGAACAACCGGGAAGGUUAGCUGUGAUCUGCAUUAGAGGGAUCUUACUAGAUCUAAUGAGUCGUGACUUUGUCGUUAGCUCAUGUGACUUGAGCCGUGCGUCGGAAUUUUCCCCGGGGGGGCUUUUGUUUUACCCACCUGGCCAGCCGCAGACGCAGAGCUGAUGGAGAGAGGCUGGGCUGAGUGCGAUGCCAGUCCGUUGAGCAGUCUGUUGAGCAGAGAGCCUCAUCCAGCGCAGAGCAGACUCUGCUGACAGGGAGCGGUCCGCUUUCUUUUGCGCGACCUGUAUGAAUUAUCAGUCUGUUUUUUUUUUUAGAAGUGAUUCGAGGGUUUUCUUUCGAAGCAACAAAAACAGCAAGAUCACCUAGGAUUUUGUUUUUUUUUCUUGUCGACGAAAUGGGGAUGUAACCAGUUUCCACAUGCAUUUAAGUGGUGAGGUUGCCUCCAGAUUGAGAAGAGCAAACUGCAGGGGCGUAUAGUUAAUUGAAAUCGAUCCGGUGGUCUCCUUUUGAAUGUGAAACAGCAGCAGAGGUUCUUUCUCCUCUCCUCUCCUCUCCUCUCCUCCUCCCCUCCGCUCACCUCCAACAUGACUUCACUGUCGGGGACCAAAGAGAGGUCUGUGAGCAGCCGGAGCAGAAAAUAUGGGGUUCCCGACACCUCCCCCACCAAAUCUGCCUCCUUUUUCCCGGACACAUGGUACCGAAAGGCCUACGAGGAAACUUCCCGGUCCAGUACACGCCCUGCCCCAGAGGGUGCUGGCUCUAUGCCAAGCUCCACGGGCACCCCGUCUCCUGGCUCAGGAAUCUCCUCACCAGGGUCCUUCUCUGGAUCACCGGGGACCAUCUCCCCUGGGAUUGGGACAGAGUCUCCGGGUUCUCUAGGUGGCUCCCCAGGUUUUGGGACAGGAUCCCCGGGAUCAGGCAGUGGAAGUUCCCCUGGUAGUGAAAGAGGGAUAUGGUGUGAAAACUGCAACGCAAGGCUGACAGAGCUGAAAAGACAAGCAUUGAAACUACUCAUCCCUGGACCUUAUUCCAGCAAGGAUCCCUCCUUCUCUCUCCUCCUCCAUGAUAAGCUUCAGGUGCCCAACAGUUCUCGGCGAGCAUGGAAUGAACGUGACAGUCGCUGUGAUGUCUGUGCCACUCACCUCACUCAGCUUAAACAGGAAGCUGUGCGCAUGGUGCUCACUCUCGACCAGUGGGAUUUAUCUCCCAUCUCUUCCCCUCCUGCCCCGAUUGGACGAUAUGGAUCUCCGGGACCCCCAGGACCGAUAGGAGCAUCUGGAUCACGGGAAUGGCCUCCCCCUUUUCUCCCUUCUUCUUCCUCUUCAGCUACAGCUGCUGUUUCACACCCUUCCUCCCAGUUACCCUCCCCAAGCCCCAGUCAGACCCCGACACCCAGCCCAAGCCAUGGACCAUCCAACCCCAGCCAUGGGAGUCCCUCAGUCGGGCAAACAUCCAGCUGUGCUCCCACAAACCAACAACCUCAAGGCCAAGGGCACAGACUGGGGUCCAAGCCCAGCUCCCUGGGUCUUGGAGGUGGGAUGGACAGAAGGAACGGGUCCCCGAGUUCAGGAAAAGCAGCAGGUGCCCAACAGCAGCCUGUAACUGGAGUAAACAGCCCUGGCAAUAAUAGUGGUACCAGCAGUAAUAAUGGGACUGGAGCAGUACUGAGUACAGCAGCUUUACAAGCACAUCAGCACCUGAACCGAACUAAUGGAGGAGUUACACUCUAUCCGUACCAGAUCUCUCAGAUGAUCUCGGAGGCUUCCAGAGAAGGUUUGAAUGAAGCUGCCCUGAACCGCUACAACACACACUCACCCUCACACACAAAUUCAACAUCACACACAAACUCUCCCUCACACACUCCAGCUGCAACCACGACGGCGCCGACCACCACCUCCGCCGCCGCCUCUUUCUUUGCCAGAGCUGCACAAAAGCUGAAUUUAGCGUCCAAGAAGAAGAAGCAGAAAACAGCCGCGGUUACAGCGCCAGUGACAUCAUCAGCACCCUCAUGCGAUCCCCCUCUGUUCCCGACCAAUUUUAGCUCUGCCCUGCUGAUGGCCCCACCCCCAGCUCCACCCUGCCUUCUCCGUGCAGCCAACAAGAUCAAAGACACACCUGGGCUUGGAAAGGUGAAAGUGAUGGUGCGUGUGUGUCCAGUGUCUCGGUCGGAUGCAGCUGAGUCCAGUUCCUUCCUCAAAGUGGAUCCCAGGAAGAAACAAAUCACUAUCAUGGACCCCUCAGCCAAUCAGACACCAAACACUGCCUCCCAGAAAAGGGCAGGAGCAAAUCAGGUCCCUCCGAAGAUGUUCACCUUUGAUGCUGCGUUCCCUCCUGACGCAUCACAGGCGGAGGUAUGUGCGGGAACGGUUGCCGAGGUGAUUCAGUCGGUGGUGAAUGGAGCAGAUGGCUGUGUCUUCUGCUUUGGACACUCCAAGCUGGGUAAAUCCUACACGAUGAUUGGCCGUGAUGACUCUCUUCAGACUCUGGGUAUAAUCCCCUGUGCUAUCUCUUGGCUGUUUAAGCUUAUCGAUGAGAGGAAGGAGAAAACAGGAGCUCGCUUCUCUGUUCGUGUGUCUGCUGUCGAGGUUUGGGGAAAAGAGGAGAACCUUAAGGACUUGCUGUCUGAAGUGGCUACAGGUAGCUUACAGGAUGGACAGUCACCUGGCGUCUAUCUGUUUGAGGACCCCAUCUGUGGCAUGCAGCUCCAGAACCAGUCAGAACUGCGAGCUCCGACCCCAGAGAAAGCAGCAUGGUUUCUGGAUGCAGCCAUAGCAGCCCGCCACAGUAGCCAACGUCCUAACACCACUGAGGAAGAACACAGGAACUCACACAUGCUGUUUACGUUACACAUAUACCAGUAUCGCAUGGAGAAGACAGGCAAAGGAGGAAUGUCAGGAGGACGCAGUCGCCUCCACCUGCUAGACCUAGGCAGCUGUGAUGUCAAAGUACUUGGAGGUGGUGGUGGAGGAAGUGGGAAAAGCAGGGAGAACUCUUCGCCCAGCUCAGCCCCUCUGUGCCUUUCUCUGUCAGCCCUCGGCAACGUGAUCCUGGCCCUGGUCAACGGGAGCAAACACAUCCCAUACAAGGAUAGCAAGCUGACCAUGUUGCUAAGGGAGUCGCUAGGCAACAUGAACUGCCGGACCACCAUGAUUGCUCACAUCUCUGCCUCACCCAGAGAUUUCUCAGAAACCCUCUCCACCAUCCAGAUUGCAUCCCGCGUCCUCCGCAUGAAAAAGAAGAAAACUAAAGUCACUGUGCAAUACACUUCCAGCUCUUCUGGUGGAGAGAGCUCUUGCGAGGAGGGUCGCAUGCGUCGGCCGACCCAUCUGCGACCUUUCCAUCACCGCGGUGACGCUGACUCAGACCUUCCAUUGCUGCGCCUGUCCAGUGACCCUGACGAGUACUCGAGCAGCGAGCAGUCAUGUGACACAGUGAUCUAUGUGGGCCCGAAUGGGGCUGCGGUAUCGGAUAGAGAACUGACAGACAAUGAGGGACCACCGGAAUUCGUGCCAAUUAUUCCUGCUCUGCUUCGAGGUAAAACAUCAGAGCAGCAUCAAACACAAAGUCAAGCAGUCGGAGCACAGAACAAGGUGCAGUCUCAGCCAGAGUGCCAGGACCAGCCCAGUGGCCCCUCUCAGGCCCUGCCCCAGCCCUCUCAGUCACUACUAGGGCAGCCCUUGGCCCCCGUCCCAGAGGAGGGAGCUGAGUGCCUAAAAUGCAACACUUUUGCUGAGCUGCAGGAGAGAUUGGACUGCAUUGAUGGCAGCGAGGAGGUGGCGAAGUUUCCCUUUGAAGAAGUUCCAGCGUGCAAACAAGGAGCCAAACAAGAGUCAUGUCCAACUGUCUCAACUUCAGCUCCUUCUGCUCCUGGCUCUGCUGCUGCAUUGGACACAGAGGCCAAAACAGGCUCUGCAUGUGCUGUAGGAGGUGCAGUGCAGUUCUCCUUCCCCUCACCGGCAGCAACCCCCAGGAGAAGAACCAAUGACCAGCAGCUGCAGGAGAUCAAGGAGGUGGUGGAGGAGGCGGAGCUGGCCCAGACGAUGAUCCACAGCCUGACUCAGAGUUCUGGCUCCCCCAUAGUCACUGGUUCCAGGAGUGUUACAGGAAGCAGCAGCAUCACCUCUAACCCUCUGCACAGGGCCAAGAGCUCCCACCUGCAUGACAGUCGCGAGAGUCUGAAUGUGGGCAGUAGCGCUGAGGGGAAGGCUCGCCCACUGGGAUCACCACGUCUCGGCAUCGCCAGCCUGACCAAAACCUCAGACUACAGGCCUCCAUCCUCCCCGUCACAGCGGUGUAAAGUGUAUACUCAGAAGGGCGUGAUGCCAGCAACACCCCCUGUGUCCUCACAGACUUUGGCUCAAGAUGGCCAGGCUACAGACGCUUUGACCUCAGACAAUAGUUUGGCUGCAGACAGUGGCCGUUCCUCCACUGAGUCCCUGCUGUCAAGGACUUCUCCUGUGGGCAUGAGCCCACAAGUCCGAGAGCCAACCCCAUCUCUGUCAGCCAGCCUUGGCUCAGCUGAGACACUCUGUGACGAUGACGUCCCUCCAAUACCCUUGGAUACGCAUAGGGAUGCAUCAGGGCCAGCAGUAUCUGCAGGAACAGUUGGACUUCACUCGCUUGGGGAGGAUGAACUGGUGUACACUGUAGCUUCUGGAGGUGAGGAGGAUCUUGAUGUUACAGCCCUCAUCGAUACUCAGGGCCUGACCUGUCGUCCAACGAGCAUCAUAAGCUUCAACAGCAGCUGUUGCUCUGUCACCGCCCUCGCUGGAGGCUCUCAACCCAUCUGCGUUAUCAGAGGCACUGCUGAGGAUGGAGCUGUGGAGGAUUAUCAUAUGCCCGCAGCUCCUGCAACAACCUCCGGGGUUACAGAGGUUGUUGCCAUGGCAGAGGUGGCAAUGGCCAAGCUGCGCAUAGAGGGUGAGGCUUUAGCCUCAGUGAUGUCUAACUGCGGUUCCCCCAUCUCCUCCUGGAUGAGUGAUCUGAGUGUGGGCAGUGAGGCUGACCAGUCUCUCCACAGCUUCAGCCAGUCCCAGAGCCAGCAAGGGGAGGCCCUAGCUGAACCUGAGCUCAACCAAAGCCUCUCCUUUGGAGGGGAUUAUUCUUCUUAUGAAAGCUGUGGCAGCCCCAGAAGAGGGAGUCUGGAAGGAGAGGUGGUGCUAUCAGAGAAUGGGAGUGAUAAAGGAACUCCAACCAAGGACAGGCUGAGGAAACUGCCUCCCUCCAUGGCUAAAACUACCAUCCAAUCUCUGACAGGACCUGGUAACCUCUCUCCCUUCAAGACCACGAUUAGUGUUCACCCAUGUGUGGCUGUCAAACCCAUGCUCAUACAAGAACCCGCCAUCCUCUCCUCACCCACAAAGGCCAAUUUAAUCAAAGACCCAGCCAAAUUCAGCACACCUCUUUUAGCUUCCAUGUCAAGUGAGAUGAGCUUUGAAGACCCCUGGUUGAAGCGUGGCAUGGAGGAGGGGAGGUCAAGGGAGCUUUUGUGUGAAGUGAAACCAGAGAAAAGGGACAUAGAGCAUUCAAGGAGCCACUCAGGAGAGAAGACUGGAGCUGGGAGUGGGGACCAGCGGAGCUUCUGCAAGGACGGUGGGGAUCAUGGCAGCUCUAGUUCAGGUGGGGAGGUUGUAUCAUCUCCAGAUUCCUUUAAGAGAGUGGUGGACGGUUGUGAGAUGGUUGCUGUUGUUGCCCAAGGAGAAUGCCUGACUAAUAUCUACAGCCCAGAUAUCCACCGUACUGCCAGUCUUCCCCGUGGCUGGCACCGUUUGAACCGCCAUGACGGCUUAGAUAACGGAAUCGAGUACCGAAAUCUUGGUGUCACCACUUCAACUCCCUGCAGUCCCCGUGCUACACUUGACCGCCGGGGAUCAACUGGAAAACUGGGCUUUUUCUCCCACAAGAAGGGGGGAAUCCCACCUCUGCCACCUGUACGGAAGUCCAGCCUUGACCAGCGUAACAGGGCAGCCAGCCCUCUUCACCAAGCCAGCCAUGGGCUAUCGCUGUUGGGCAGCUCGGAGGAUGAUGCAGGAAUAUCUGCAAGUGUCACCAGACAGCGGGGCUCCAGCAUAGACAGCAGUAGACUUUUCAGCGCCAAGUUGGAACAGCUCGCAAACAGAACCAACUCUCUGGGCCGGGUCCACAGCUCCCACAGCGGUUCCCACCACUAUGACUGCUUCUCCCUGGAGAGGGGGGAGAGCCUGAGAGGGGGAGGGGGAGGAGUGAGGGGGGACAGCACCAUGCCUCGUACUGGGCGCAGCCUCACUCGUGCUGGAUCAGUAUCUUCUCCUACUGGAAACACCAACAGCCCCAGUUUCAGUGCCAGUCCUGGUCCAAGCAGCACCCCACAGUCACCAUCCAAAACCAGCGGGCAGUCAAAGAUCUCAGCUGUCAGUAAGCUGCUGAUGACCAGUAGUCCCAAGGCCAGGAGCCUAUCUGCCUCCAGCACCAAGACUCUGAGCUUUUCUACCAAGUCUCUAAGCCAAGCUGCCAGCCGCAGCUCCAGCCUUCCUCCUAAUGGAAAGCCUCAGAGCUCAGUCCAGGGCCCUCUGCAGCAGCAGGGACCUUCUCCUGGAUCCUGGUCUACCCAGUCUCUGAGCCGCAGUCGUGGGGGAAGCCUGGCUGCCAAGCUGCCUCUCCGGGCGGUCAACGGUAGAAUCUCAGAGCUCCUCCAGGGAAGUGCAGGUUCCCGUUCCAGGAGUCAUGCCCAGGGAGGAGGCACAGAUCCUGUGGAGGAAAGAGGAGUUGGAGGGGCAAGUGGAGGGGGAGCUGGAGCUGCAGCAGGAGGUGGUGGAGGUGGAGGUGGAGGUGCCCUGGCAGAGGAGAGGCCAGCAGUGGUCCAAACCCUCCCCUCUCCCUACAGCAAGAUCACAGCUCCCAGAAAACCACAUCGCUGCAGCAGUGGUCACGCCAGCGACAACAGCAGUGUACUGAGUGGUGAGCUCCCCCCGGCUAUGGGGAAAACAGCCUUGUUUUACCACAGUGGAGGCAGCAGUGGCUAUGAGAGCAUGCUGAGAGACAGCAGCGAGAACACAGGAAGCACAUCUUCUGCUCAAGACUCCCUCAGUGAGCACAGCUCAGCCACCACCUCAUCCAGACGCAGCUCCAAGAGCAGCAAGAAGAGCAGGAGCAACACAGGUCUCCAGCGUCGUCGUCUGAUCCCAGCGCUGACCUUGGACUCUUCCUCUUCCUCACCUUCUCAUCGCUCCUCUAAACAGGCCAUCACCUCAUCUUCUUCCUCCUCCUCCAGCCCGGGUGCAUGCUGGGUAGAUGGCCCACUGGGGCCACCUGCUCCCACGAACCUUCGAGGUGCGGCUGCAACGACAGAAACCUUUGAGAUCAAGGUGUACGAGAUUGAUGAUGUCGAGCGACUGCAGAAGAGGAGAGACAAAGCAGGGAACAAGGAGGUGGUGUAUGUCAGUGCCAAGCUUCGUCUGUUGGAGCACCGUCAGCAGCGGAUCAGUGAGGUCAGAGCCAAGUACCAGUGUCUGAAGAAAGAACUGGAACAAACCAAACAGUACCUGAUGCUGGAGCCACAGAAAUGGACCACCGAGUUCGAGCUACAGCAGGCCUAUGAAGUGGACUCACUGGAGUAUCUGGAAGCUCUGGAGACAGUGACAGACAAACUGGAGACCAGAGUCAACUUCUGUAAAGCCCAUCUCAUGAUGAUUACCUGCUUUGAUGUGUCCUCAAGACAUCGGUAGACAGAUGGAGGGAUGGAGAGCUGGAGGAUGGAGAGGUAGACACACAGCUGGACGGACUCAAUUAGAUGUUGACAUUUGCUCUUUCAUUCAUCGACUCUUUGCUCCCUGAUUAAUCAAACACCUUUAGAAAAUAUCUCCUAAAUAAAUACAUCUCAUUUGAAGACUGGAAAGAUGGAAGGACAGAUAUAGGGAUGGACUGACCACUUGACCCAGCAUGUUGGUCAUCCUUAUGUCUCCUCCAGAUGUAAGUAGGCAGAAGGACAGAUGGAUGGAGAGAGAGAUAGAUAAAUGAAAUGGAGAUACAUAGAGAUAUCUAACAGGAUUUUUGUGCUGGGGCUGGGAAAUAGCUUCAGAAACAAACAAUGAACAGCAUCUAAUAGACGGGCCACUUGAAAUCAGAUAACCACAAGCAGACAGAUGGUUCUGAGUCUGAAAAAAGCAUCAAACAUAACCAAGUGAUCAAGUUUUCCCGAGAACUGAAUUAUUGGACUGUUGAGACACCCAGUCGAACAUUUAGGAAUGUAUGGAGGGAAGGAGGAGAGAAAGGAACAAAAACUGCCUUUUUUUUUUUUUUUUUAACAGAGAAGGUUAAAGAAGAGGUGCAGGAGAAGAGAUGAGCAUUUUCUCAUCUCCUAUCAUUUUGGAAGAGCACUUUUUAGAGUUUACGUAGAUGAGAGCCAUUGGCUGUAAAUACAGAGUGCUGACUACAGAAUGGCUGGUAUUGUUGCGCAGUUAAUAAAAGAGACCAAGAGAAAGACAGGAGGACAAAGAAAUAUGAUUUAGAUAAGUGCCUUGUGAACAUUUCAACAAUACCAAGACCCAUUCUCUUUCUCUCUGAAUUUGUGUACAUGCAGUAAGUAUGGUGCUAGCAUAGAAAAAAACACAAAAGAUUAGUGUCCUUGGAAAAUCUUUGAAUUUAUAGCCAUUUCUAAAUGUGAUGUUUUACUGUGGGUCAUUGUUUCCAUAUAUGAUAAACAGACUAAUACUGUAUGUGUAAAUGGUAUUUGGUACAUUGGUGACAAGACUAAAUUUAAACUGUAUGGAUUAAAAAAGUUGAAGAAGACCUACAGAACAGCACUGUCCUGAACGUAAACGCUAACAGCAAGUCCUCUGUAAAACAACAAAACUGUUGCAGGGACCAAAAAAAAAAAAAAGAAAAGAAAAAAAACAUUGAAAUGAAUUUUUAACCAGUGGUAACAUGAUUUUUCCAGGACACAGAAUUAUGUGUGUUUAAACAAAGAAAAAAAAAACGUAAAGCUCAUUUCUUGUGGUGUUGUUUUUACCUUGACUUUCCUCUCAAACAGAGCACAUCUGAAUUUUGACCCUCUGGGGCUCACGUAUAUUCCCCCCUGAUGCAGAUGUGAUGGCUUUUCCGUGUUCACAAAGCAAUGAAACGUCUGAGUCACAAACGAGUGGGAAAAGAGAACGUUUUUUUCUCUGAUCCAGUGUUGAGUACAUCCAUCGAUUGACUGUCUGUCUGACUGACAGACAGGCAGACUGUCUGUUAUUUGUAUCUGUGUUGUUCUGCUCUAUUCUAAAAGAAACUGAAUGAUUUGUCCGUGUGUGUUUUAUAAUAAGGUAUCCUUUUUUAUUUGAGUGCAAUGGGACCAUGUGGAGACUAUGUAUGAUAGCAGGACAGCGGGGAUAGAAAAGUAAGACACAGAUACUUACUGAAUCUAUUGAUACAGUGUUGGAAUCUCAUUUGUAUAAUGCCUGAAUUAUUGGAACAAAGUAGUGAAUUUAGACUGGAAAUACUUGCAAAAAGCAAUAGGAUGCAGCAGAAAAAGUUCCAGUUUUGUGUCUUUUAUUAAAAAGACACAAACAUUAUGAAGGAACAACACAAAAAUAUAAAUAUCUAAAUAAUAUCUAAUAUAUAAAGAAAUGAAAGAGAACUAAAGAAAGAAAAGGAUGAUGACCAAAUUACAAGGCAUAGAUCUCUGCCUGGUUCCAUAUCUUUUGGACAGAUAGCAACACUUAAGAUUUGUUAAUAUUAUUAUCUAUGGUGCUUGAGAUGUUUAUGAUCUAAAUGUUUGUACAAAUAUAAAUAUCUGAAAGAGCCUGUUUCCCUCUGAAAUACAGAACAUAACCCUUCGAAUGCUUCUUCUACAUCGCUGUCACCAGGUCUGUCGUCCUCCUCUGAAUGCCUUUUGCCCAACAAGCAGAGAGCAUUCUGGGUGAUCCUGUUUGUUGUCUGAGAGGUAAAAGCAGAAAUAGACACUGACUUCACAGGCGUGGAAACACUGUUAUUGGUACGAUUUGUCAAAAGCAUCUUAGAGCUAAAUUUAUCUUUCUGCUGAUAGAACAGACUCUGUUUUUAUCUUGUUUACUGAACUGACACAGAAACAGGAAACGUCUUUAAUCAGGAAAUGUGUUGAUCCUCUCAUGGUUGUGUAAAAAGGUAACAGUCAUCAAUUUCAUGUUGUGUGCACCUGCAGAGAUAGCCAUGAGACCAUCUAGAGGGAAAUUAACCCAGAAACUACGAAUCAUUUGACAGACUGGACCCAUAAAGUGUUUACACAGAAAGCAGACAAAGUAGCCCUGUGAUGUCACUGACCGUUUCCUGUUUUUUACCUCCCAGUUUGUAGUGCAAGUCAUGAAUGAAGGUUUAUUUAUUUGAGCUCAGGAGGGCAGAGUCACUAAUUAAUGUUUUUAUUUAUUUACACCUUAUGAUCUUAAAAGUUACUAUGCAUUUAAGAAAAAGAAUAACUGUACAUACUUUGCUGAGCCCUUGUCAUAUAUUAAGUAUAUAUACUGUACACAUAUCAUAUAUAUCAUCAUCUUUAUUUUCUAUAUUUUCUGUUGAUUUCAUUUGCUCCUGUUGUUCCUCUUGGGGAUUUUAAUGGUUCUGGGUUUCCUAAAACAUUCACUUCCAGGGCAGUUAAAUGGUUCUUCACAAACUUCCAGCACAUAAAGUAUUUGCGCAACUGAAGAAGAAAACUUAGUUUGAAGACAGCUGUGUUGUGUUAAGUGAAAUGCCAAUAUAUUUUACAGCCUUGUGUAUUUAGCAGUGGAUCUUUUGGGAAUCCCAGCCUUCUGGAUGAGCUAACGGCCUGUACUCGUCUCUAGAUUUAAGAUGCUAUGUGUGAGGUUUCUUCCAUGAUAUGUCACUGCCAAAUCUACUGUGGUAGAGCUUUAUAAUUCUUGCAAUAAUUGUGAAAAACACCUGAGGUUAUGGUGGCCCCAUAUUGUUUAUAGCUAACAUAAUCAUAUAUGUCAAGACUAAGGUUCCUUUUUUAUCAGCAGCAACCAUGCUUAAAGGGAUGUACUCAUUAUGAGGUGCUUUAAAUAAAAUUAUUCAUGAAAUGCCAUCUGUUAUGUCAGGUUUUAGGGCAAUUUUUAAAAUAGACUAAAGCCUAGUGAACAAGUUGAUAUACUGUAUGUGCUGUUACAUAUUUUGCAGAAGCAUUGAAGAAUUAUAAUGUGUUAUCUGGAAAUCCGACAUAUAGCAUCUUUAAGUUUUUAUGGAGUAUCGUGUGUUAAUGUCUGGGUCAGACCACAUUUUCCAAAAAUUGUUUUUAUCAGUAGCAGAAGAGACACUUUUAGUUCUGAUCAGUUGUAAGAGUCAGUGGCUCUAAAAUCUCCACUGUGGCCCUUCGAGCAACAGAACUGAUCAAAACUACUUUGUGUCAGUCAAAAGUGCCAAUCUGUCAGGUGGAAGAUAACAACCAGUCAGAAUCACCCACGGUUACGACACAUACUCAGUGCGAGACUCUCUCUGCAUACGUGCCGUUUCCAUGAUUCAAGUCUGUCCUUUGCUGAUAACCAUUACUGUUAUGUCUUUGAGAAGAGUGGUCUGACACAUUGUGCUGAUGGAGGAGCAAGAUGGGGGGGAUGUAAAUAAAGGAAUGUAUUGAAAGAG